AUGAACCCUUACCAGCAGCAGCCCAUCCCUUACAGCAAUUUCGGCACCACUGGCGGUCACGUAGCCUCCUACAAUACCGGAAGACACGCCCAAGCUAACCCAGGAACGCAAAGCUUCAGCGGCUAUGGCAAUGGCGUUGCCUACGCCCAGCCCAUCCCUCAUGCCUCCCAGGCCGCCUUGACCUCCCACUUUGCAGACAGCGCCCGCACCCAAGUCAACUACGCCCGUACCCACAACGGUCGUCCAGGCUCAUCCGCCGAACGUGAACAAUACCAAAACAUCCCCUCCAACAUCCAAAUGCCCGGUGCAGCAGCCACCUACGUCGCCCCCGGAACAGUCUACGGCGGGCCUGGGAACUCUGACCCGAGACAUGGAAAUGUCAUGUAUGCUUCUACCUCGCUGAAGGGCAACCCCCCAGGACCGACACGGAACAAUCACGCACGCGUGGCGCCUGCGUUGAACGGUGCUGUUCCGGCAAACCAUGACAAGAAAAAGAAGUGUGCCGAGCCGGCGGUGUUUAGCAACUAUGCAUAUGACCACAGGGGAACACAGGCGCAGAACAUGGGUGGGAGUGUCUAUCCGAUUACUACGAAUGGCAACACUUACUUGCCGCCUUGUGGGCAUGCCAACCCGAAUGUCAAGCCUGGUUGUAGGCAUUGUGUGGCUGCUAUUGGGGCCACUUCUCGGUCUUAA